UGGCUUGAGCGCACUACCCCACCCUAGCUCGCCGAGCCCCAGCCCGACCCAUCGACCGGUGACCAGGGUAAACAAACUCACUACACUGAAGUCUCACGACGAUAUUUCCCAGAGGCCGCUUCCCAACCUCCCAAUUCACCACGCCGCGCCUCACACCUCACACCUGCUCUUUCCCCCAACCUUCCAGCUCUCUUUCCAAUACCCAUAAUCCGCGAUCCAUCCCACAACAUCAAUCCGUCACCUUCGCGAGAAACAUCAAUUGAGUCGUCUGCCCCCCCCGCAUUCCCCCCAGACCAACCCCGAAGCUGUCAGGAUGUUCGUCAAGACCACUGUCGCCGUCGCGCUUCUGGCCAGCUUUGUUGCUGCGCAAACCAACCUCACCUUUGAUCCCUCAACCGUCGAUCUCACUACUCGAGGUCAAUGGUGCCAGGCCGAAUUCAACACCUGCAAGGCCCUCUGUGGCACGAAGACCAGCGCGAACGACUGCGACCCUAAUACUCUGAAGUUUGAUUGCCUCUGCUCCUCCAACAACUCCAUACCUGGUCUCCAGUUCUAUACGCAGACAAUGCCAACCUUCAUCUGCGAGCAAAACUUCAAGAUCUGCAAUGCCGCUGCCGUCAAUCAAGUCAACAGUGCUGCUGCUCAGGCAGCUUGCGCCGCGACCGAGCAAUCCGACUGUGGCCAUAUCGAUCCCGCAAACUUCACUGCUGCUGCAGUUAGCUCUACUGCCACCUCGACCUCCACACCCACUGGCACCGGAGCCGCUGGGGGAAGCAGCGCAACAAGCACGUCCUCCAAGGCAGCUGCCGCAACCAUGGCUGCUAUGCGAAACUUCGGUACUGGCGCAUUUGCGGUUGGUGCCGGUGUCGUCCUUGGUGCCCUUCUCUAAGAAAACUAUGCGCUGGAAAUCGAGGUCCGCCAAGAAGCCUACUUCCUUCGGAGAUGCCAAUAGGUACUCGACGCUUACUCGACGAUUUGUGCAUAUUGUAUUUGUGAUUCAGCGCGUUUUAUUUUAGCAUAGGUGUUGUGGCUGCUGCAUCUGCGCUUUCACAGCAUCUCUCCUGGGGCUU